AUGUCUUCAUCACCCCAGAGCCCGCCGAGGAGGCCAAGGUUAUCUCUUCAGAUCAAGGCCUUGGCACAUGGUGCAACCGUCCAGACGUCGCGGAACCUCGCUGCCGCAGUCGACGUCACAUCUCCAACCGCCUUCAACACCCUCUCCAAUGUGUACGCUACCACGGUGGACCGGUCGACGCCCGUCCAGGACAAGCCACCAGCGAACAACUUGACAGGAGGGAGGCCGGUGCUUCGCCUGCAGACACAAGAUGGCCCCGGCGCAAAGGAGCGUCGAUUGCACACUCCCUACCUGGGCCCGUUGCUCGACACGCCCCUGUCGGCGCAGCCUAGGUCCCCGGCUACGGGGAAGGAGAUCCGGUUCCCCAGCGCCAUGACGGCCACGCCGCCCAUGUCGGCAGCAGAACAGGAAGGCCAGGUCUUUACCUUUGAUAACUCAUCCACCACACCCGCUACUGCGCGCCCGUCCAGGGGAGGCCAAACACCGACGACACAAAACCCCAAGCGGCGGACGACGAUGCCUGCCAAGAUGGCGAAUCUUCCGUACACCCAGUCUCGGAGCCUGCGCAGCAUCCUUCGCAACUCACCUCUCCCGCCAUUAAGCACAACCACGCCCAUCUCACCGAGGAGACAGUCUGUGCGCCUGCAAGAGAAGGCCGCACGGCGGGUCGCCUACAACAGCCCCCUUUGCCAGACCAUCACGACAAGCAAGUACACCAAGUCGCACGUCGACCUGCUCAGCGAGGAUGCUACGCCCACCACACCAUCCAUGGCUUCUUCGGACGAGGACGUUCUGGACCAGACGAUGGCGUACACGGGCAACGAGACGCGCGACGGAGGCCAGACGCCGGGCCCUUUUGAGGAGAUGCGACGGCGCAUGACCGCGCUGCAUACAUCCACUCCGAUGGCAACCACUCCGGCAACGGCGGGCGGUAUCCGGAAGCGCGGGAAAAAGAAGGAGAAGAAGCGCCGGUGGGUCUGGACUAUCGGCCAAGAAGCCGAGGAUGGCGAGGAUGCCACCAGCACCUACAGCGCAGUCAGCGCAGUUCUGGACAUGGGAGACGAGGCCGACGUGCCGAAACAGGAGACGCUGGCCGUGCCCGUUAUCGCACUA